GAGCAAGCUUUGAGCUCUUCCAUCUUCAGCAGGUCACGACUGGACGUGGAGCUGAAAACAUCUGACCAAUUUAGCAGAUAGCUCUGGUUUUCCAAAUCUCUGAGGUUUAUAAUCUUUAAAAGCCUUCCUGCAUGAGUAGAAAUUCAGGUUCUGUAGCUGUUCGUGCUUAUCUCUGAGCGCGUGUAGAUUGUAUCCACUUCAUGUGCUGGAAUUUCUAUGCGUUAGGCUUUUCAUUUUUUCAGGAUUGCAGAUAAGACUAUGAGCUAUAUUUUCAUUGUUGGGGAUUUUUGUCACAAAAGAUGGUUUGGGGGCAGGAAAAUGCAUCAGCAGUGUGUCAGGCUGAGAAUACUCAUGUGUUUAUUAGGGCGUUCGGGGAUUCGUGUUUUAUGAGACCGUUGCAGAGUUUAGAAAGCUCUCUUGUGCGGCAUGCGAGCAGGAGCAGAAAAGGUCCUUUAUGUGAAGGAGCCUCACAAAUCACCAAAGCUGCAUUUCUUUAAUGUUUUUGGCUCAAUCACUGCAUAAAAAGUUUUUAACUAACUUUUCAGCUGGUUGGGCUGCUUAGACUCAGAAUGGAGUCUUUGUGCUUCCUGUCCUAAUUAGGAAUUAAUUUUUAAUUAUAUCAGCUGAACAUUUUUUGCGAUGAGCACUUGUGUUAACCUGGAGUCCCUCACUAUUCCUUUGGCAAUGGCUGGUACUAGUUCAUUUAACGUUAUCUGUCCUAUGGUGUUGUUUCUGUCUUUGCUAUCUAUCUGAGUAUCAAAGUGUUUUGGAUAGCCUGGUUUGAUUCAAGCUUGAUCUGCUUUGCUUUACUCAAUCAUUUGGAUCUAUUUCUGCAGUAAUAGAAUAGCACUUUCUGGAUAGUUUCUUGCUUGUGCUAGAGUUUGCUGUUAAAGGUUAGUAGUCACAUUAAGAGUAUUUUGUAGCUCUCGAAAGAGGGCCCUCAGCUUGAGUGAUAGCUCUGAUAAACUUGGGUCAUGAUUCCUAAAGUUGAAAGGUGGGGAGUGGUGCUUCUGCAGUAGUCUUUGACAUGGAAUGUAUAGAGUUCACUUGGCUUUGAAUUUGGACAAAUAGGUCAGCAAAACCAAAUCUCCAUGCAGUGCUAUCAUAGAAUGCUAUGGUACAAUAGAGCUCCUGUUGAUUUCAUGCAGAUCUUAUCUGGAAGAAUCUGGCCCUGGACACUUUUUUGUCUUCAGCCCAGCUGAAUGGAAGUCAAAGAGCUGCUGACAAUAGGAAGUAUUUUUGGUGUGGAACACAUGAAAAAGGACUGUGGCUCAAUUAAAACAAACAACAAGGUUAUUGUUUGGGAUGCCGCCACCAAGGCGGCACUUAACUGGAUGCGUAGGUGGAAAUUGCAGCAUAUAGUUUGACAUGCAAUUCAUUACAGUCACUUCCUCGUUAUGUUCAUCUCUCACAUCUCUGAGCUCUGAGCUCAGGGCUGGGAGCGGCUCUGGGCACUGCGGCAGAGCCGGGAGGUCGCUGCUGGCUGCAGGGGCACCAGGUUGCAGUUGUUGGCAUGGGGACCCGUGGGCUGGCUGGGCUUUGGCCACUGCCUGCACUGUAGCCGAAUGCAGCUCUGGUUGCAUCCGGCAUCAAGUUGGCUCCAAUGGCUCUGAAGGGGAGUUUUGGCUUGCUGUCAAUUCAAACUCAAUCAUUUGCAGAGAAUCGGAAAAAAGUGGUGUAUUAUGACCUCACAGCACUAUUUGUUCCUAUUCCCCACCAGAAGUGGUAAGGGAAGCAGGCACCCUCCUAUUGCAGACGGGCUGCUGAGGCAGGGCCGUGCAGGGAGCCCGUGGCCGAGUCCUGGGAGCCCUGACUCAUGCCUGUCCAUGCUUCUGGACACAUUUCCUUGCUGCCCUGAGAAGAUGAAUUUCAAGUAGCUUGUUUUACAAUACCAUAAACACAUGUCUUUUAAGAAUGGCUUGUUUGUAUGCAAAUGGAUUGGUUUUAAUGACUGUCCAGUUCCUCAACGUGGGCUUUAUGCUUGAGCAACAGCAUCGUUUGUUUGUAUUUCUGCCAAACGAUGGUAUUUCUUACUAUGGAAACUUCUGCUGUGAUCAUCAGAAUACAAGAUAGCCCAUGUUUGAAGAAGUGGCAACGUGCAAGGCCUUUCUGUUGUGUUUCCAAAAAGCCAGCUUUUAAAGUCAUUUUCCCAACAAGAAAAUGACAGGUUUUGUUUAAUUUUUCAGGAAGCACCAAUAGCUAUAGAGUCUAAUGAGGGAAACUGGCCUCCUGCAAUGCCUCCAGUGUAGGGAGUGGCUGCUAGUAGAGGUACUGCUGCGUGCUACAAGGGAACAGACCAAAUGAUGGACACUUCGGUCAGUGCAAACAUACAGCAAAGUAAUUGCCAACACCAAAUGUCGGGGUAGUUCAGACACCAUUCCACUGCACGUACCGUGUGUGUGAGAACUCAGAUAAGGGGGUAGUGCCAAACUCUUGGGAUUUAGGAGUUGCAAAUUCCAGCCCUGAACCUUUCAUUUCCCUCUUAGUCUUGUCUGUUUUCCAGCCUGGAAACCCCUCCCAAUUAGAUGAUGAAACAGGGCAAGUUUAUCUGCAGUGCAGGAAGCUCUGGGCAUAUGCUGGAAUUGAGACUUAGCCCUUGCAGUGGACAUGUGCAAAACCAUGGUUUCCAAGUCUUAUGAAUUAAAAUUAGCCAGCUGUGGGCAGCUAUUUACAGUGCAGUAAGAAAUGCUUCACCCGUACACUGGCCAAAUUUGGGGGCUCAGCAAGGCACUGUCACCAAGUCUAAGACGUGAACUCCUUGCUUCGUGUAGUUGCUGCAGCCUCUGUUAAGUGUACACUGUGCUCUGUUCCUUUAAUGAAGAUGAAUAUGCUAUAAAUCAUGUAUGGGAACCAGCCCAGAGACCUACUUGCAGCAGUAUUCCCAAAAGGCAUUUCAUAAUUUAUUCUAACACAUGCAGUAUGUUUAAAUCAGCACGGAGAGCUGGGUUAGCCCAGCCCUGUGCUUUCUCUUGUUGAUAAAUCUCUUAUGUGCAGGACUAUACAGUUCCAGUUCUUCAUUCUCACCCUGCCCUUUCCCCCAGCACGGUGCUGCCAGGGCUUGAGGCUGUGGCUCCAGGGCUGGGCUCAGGCUCUGUGGUGUCUGGUUCACCCUCUGAGGCACGAAAACGUGUCCCAGUGGUGAAUAACUUAAAUGUCUUUUCUGGUUGGCUUUAGAGAUCUCACCAACUUCUUGCACUUCCCAGUUUUAAGUCUCACUUUUUCUGCAACCUUAUCUCUCUCCUCCCACAGUGCUUCUCCUCCCUUCUCCCUCUGGUCUAUUAUUUAUGCCCUCCCUCUACUGAACGAAUAAAUUCUUGCUAUUAAUUGCCAGUCCAGCACCCAGGGACCCUGUUUCUGGUGCAAGGCUGUGGACAUUACCCUGAAAAAACUGAUGGAUGAUGGCAAGUUCCUUCAGUGCAUGGCAACGCAGCUAAGUAACUGCUGGAAGAGUAAGGUAGCAGAGGGCCUGAUUUCUGGAGAGAAACGCCUGUAGCUUGCACACACGGCACUUCCAAACCUUAGUCACCCAUGUACAGAGCAGUGACUGGCCAUGCUGCCACUUUUCUGUUGCACAGAUUUGGGCCCGUCUUUGAGCCUCUCUCUGCAAGGACAUGGUCUGCUGGGCUGGCGAUGUCAAGUGCUGCCUGCUUGGAGGUGUCUUUCCCUUCAGGGUUGGGUCAGUCCCCAGCCUGGGGACAGCAGGUAACGGUCCUUGGCCAACACGCUGUGUCAUACUGGGCUCUUGGUACCAAGCUGGUGCUGGCAGACCUACACAAAGAGAUGGAAUGAAAGCAGAGACUUCAGUUCUCUCUGUUUCACUACAUGUGCCUUUUCAGUCACCAUGCCUGACAGAAGCUGUGCCUCGGGAGCUUUGAGUGCAGGCUGCAGCCAGCACUAGCGUUUGCCGUGGUGCUCAGCAGCACAGUCCCUUCAGCUGGUGGUGGGAGUGCAUCCAUUCAGAGGUAUGCUGUCUAAAAUGAGUUAAGCUGCUCCAAAAGAAUCUGCUUAAAAAUAGCAACAAUCACUUAGCAGUGCUAGAGCGUCGGGCCAGGAAGCUGUGAGGGGCCAGGAGCACGUUUAUUCAGGGUCAUAUCAGAGAUGCACACCCCUGAGUGCUAUGGGGUCUGUGAGUGUAAUGAUGCGGUGUCUCCCGAGGUGCUCUGAGGCAGCCCAGGGAGGGAAAGCUUCGGCUCAUUGUGGGUUGCCCCAUCAGCUCCUGCACCCCCAACCCCUGCACAGUGGCUGCAGUCCAUGUGCACAAAGCCCUUCCUGCUGCUGUGCCCACACCGCUCCCAGUGCUGCCACACUAGGCAGCUGAUGAGUUAAUUUCCCUUGCGUUCUGUGCUGUGUCCCUGCCUCCUCCCUGCAUUUCCCCUGAUGAAACGCAAUUGCUCGGGAGCUGCUCUGCUGCAUGGCCAUUUCGGAGUCACCCUCUGAUUUAAUCUCUUGUUUAUUAAGGCUAAUUUGUGUCCAGUACUUUCCUUUCCCACUCGGAUGUAUUUAUUCUCCUCAGCCAUUUCAGGUCACAUCAAGUCAUCCUGCUGUGCUGCUCAUUGCCCAUGUAUCAGCUGAUGUCUCCAGUUAGAUUUCUGCAACACUAACUAUCUGACAUUUGGCUGGAAACUCUUCCUGUUUACAUCAGUGAAGAGUUUGGAUCUGACUGGGUUUUUUGUGGAUUUUGUGUGUGUGUGUGUGUGUGUGUGUGUGUGUGUGUGUGUGUGUGUGUGUGUGCUUUUCCACAUCCCUUCUAGCAGUAACUAUAUUUGUUUAUUAUCUUCAAGCGUUUGCAUGUCCCUUCAGGGUACUGUAUUUGACCCUAAUUUUCCUUUGUAGUGGAGAUCAGGUAUUCCUUGCACAUCUUCCUGGAUUACAGCAUUCUAUCUUAUUAUUACUUAUUCAUUUUUCUUCAUUGACUCUUCUUUAUUUUCUAGAAAUAAAAAUCAUCACCAAAAAAUGACUAAUCGCCAUGUUGCUGUCCACCUGUCUCUUCCCUGCAGCACUGCAGAACAAGGCAGUACAGCUCUUUGAUGCAAUUCCUUUUUGACUUCCUUCUGGUAGCAGAACACCAGGUGGUUUAUCUCAUGGGCAGUUUUCUUUUCUGUAGAGAUGGAGGACUGUUGGAAAUACAAGAGAUAAAAAACAGUAAAUUCUGAUUUUAAUCAGCGAUCGGUCCAGUGUUUAGAACUCAACAUUUCCUACAGUGGCUUAGAAGGGUAUUCGAUGCAAGUCAUAUUCCAUGUCUCAGGUGCCAUGUAUUUUGCCAUUAAAUAGCAUUUUGGAUGUGGGUGAACUGAAGUAAGUUGUGCACUGUGGCAGUCCUGGCAAGCCCAGGUUCCUGUGUACCUUUCCAGCAUUUUCUCUUUAUUGCUGCUGCAGGAAAAGAAGCAUUUCUCUGGAGAAUCUUUAAGAAGUUAUCCUACUUCUUCAUGUUGAUCUCCACUUAACAUUUCUUGUGAAUGUCCCUUUUUUCAAGUUAAAAAAGUAGCCUUUCACCAGACACUGCCAGUUUACUUACCACGACUACGUGCAGCAGUAAUGCCAUUGUUGAGUAGCAGCCUUGUCCUUUUUUUAUAAGGACAAUAUAAGUGACAGACAGAUUCUGGUGGGGGACUGCAGAGCUCCUGGUGGACUUGGGUAGGUGGGCUGUGCACGCGGCUCCACACUUGGACCGUUGUGGUGGAUGGCAGCGUGUGUGCUGUGCUAAUGAGGACCUGCACUAUGCAAGCAGCAACCGCUGAAGGGAACAAAGGAUCACAGCAGCAUGUGUUUGUGCUGCCAGAAUCUCCUUCAUCUAAAUUCCACACACAUCAUUUACAAGAAAUAAAGCAACCCUAUAGCACAACAGCACAAAGACCCCUAAAACUACAAAUGAAAUCUAUCCAGUGUAGUGGCCACACUGCACGGUGCAUCCUGAGGACCUGGGGAGAGCUGUGCUCCUGAACCAUGUUAGUGGGUUCCAGUGUACUGCUGAAUCAGGAAUGUGAGCUCUUAAAAUGUGACAGUGAUAGGUGGUGAUUGUGGUGAGCAUUUACAGUAUUAGUCAAAGGGCUAAUUCUCAUUAAUUGUCCUUGGGAGUAUUUUUGUUACGUUCCCAUGUGGAUUUAUCUUUCCAUCAUAACUUACUGGGGAGUUUCAGUGCUGGUUUGAUCUCAAGGAUGCAUUACACAACACGUUGUAGGCUUUCGUAUCAGCGGCUCUGCCUGUGCAUGCUCAUCUGGUGGCUGAUUUUUCAGAGGAGCUGGUGACGUCAGCCCAGACAUCUGAGGUGAAGAUAAAGUCCUUGAUCUGCCCAUAGCACCCGCACUUCUGGUUAGCUGAAGUGCUCAGCAACUUGCACUCAAAACAUAGUAGAUUUAAAACCCUGGUGAGUAUGCGCGCAAAUAUUCCGGCACAUCUCAGAAACCACUAUGAAUGGCAACAGAGGUGGAUGAAACACAAUAGCUAAAAGGGCCUGUGAAACCUGAGCACAGGGUAAGGCUGUAGCCAAGCAUCUGAGAUCACAGCCGGUGUAGAGCUGGAGGGAUGCAGAGGCCGUGUCGACCCUCUGGUGGGGUGGGGGGCUGUGUGGGGCCGGUUUGUCUUCCUGCACACAUGGGGCCUCAGUGCUGCCAUGGGACCAUUGAGAUGGGUGUCAGAGGGACCCAGUCAGAGGCAGCCAGGGACCUGCUGCUACGUCUUGUCCUGGGUGGGUUUCAAACCUUGCAGAAAGACUUUCUUGUUAUCUCAUGUGGGUGGGGAGUGCUGGCUGCAGGAGGCUGAGCGCUGGCCUUGCUCUUUUUCCAGGAGGAUGAUUCCCGUGACCGAGUUCCGCCAGUUCUCAGAGCAGCAGCCGGCGUUCAGGGUGCUGAAGCCCUGGUGGGAUGUGUUCACGGACUAUCUCUCUGUGGCCAUGCUGAUGAUCGGCGUGUUUGGGUGCACACUGCAGGUCAUGCAAGACAAGAUAAUAUGCCUUCCAAAGCGAGUACAGCCUUGCCAGAACCAAUCUAAUACUUCAGUUGUAAUUAGCACAAUCCCAGAUACAACCCCUCUUCCUCCAUCCAAGCCAUCAACUCCUCCAGCUACAGUUGAAAUGAAAGGACUGAAGACUGAUUUGGACCUUCAGCAGUACAGCUUUAUUAAUCAAGUGUGCUACGAACGUGCCCUGCACUGGUAUGCCAAGUACUUCCCUUACCUUGUCCUUAUACACACGCUGGUCUUCAUGCUGUGUAGUAACUUUUGGUUCAAAUUCCCUGGAUCGAGCUCCAAAAUUGAACACUUCAUUUCAAUACUUGGGAAAUGUUUUGAUUCUCCAUGGACAACAAGAGCCUUAUCUGAAGUGUCAGGAGAAGACUCUGAAGAGAAAGAUAACAGGAAGAACAAUAUAAACAAAUCUAAUACUACCCAACCAAGCACUGAAGGCACUUUGGUCAAGACACAGUCUUUAAAAUCAAUCCCUGAGAAGCUGGUUGUGGAUAAGGGAACACAUGGGGCACUAGACAAGAAAGAAGGUGAACAGGCCAAAGCACUGUUUGAAAAGGUGAAGAAAUUUAGACUGCAUGUUGAAGAGGGGGACAUACUCUAUGUCAUGUAUGUUCGCCAGACUGUACUUAAGGUAAUUAAAUUCCUUAUUAUUAUUGCUUACAACACAGCACUUGUCUCAGAAGUUAAUUUUACAGUCGUCUGUAAUGUUGAUAUAGAAGACAUGACAGGAUACAAGAAUUUUUGCUGUAAUCACACAAUGGCACAUCUAUUCUCUAAACUGUCAUACUGCUACCUGUGCUUUGUAAGCAUCUAUGGCCUCACAUGCCUUUAUACUCUAUACUGGCUGUUCUAUCGCUCACUGAAAGAAUAUUCCUUUGAAUAUGUCCGGCAGGAGACAGGAAUUGAUGAUAUCCCAGAUGUCAAGAAUGACUUUGCUUUUAUGCUUCAUAUGAUAGAUCAGUAUGAUCCUCUCUAUUCGAAGAGGUUUGCUGUCUUUCUGUCUGAAGUCAGUGAAAAUAAGCUGAAACAGCUGAACUUAAACAAUGAAUGGACUGCGGAUAAACUAAGACAGAGGCUACAAAUGAACUCCCAUAGCCAUUUGGAGCUACAGCUUUUCAUGCUUUCUGGAUUACCUGACACAGUGUUUGAAAUUACUGAGUUGCAGUCUUUGAAACUUGAAAUCAUUAAUAACGUAAUGAUACCAGCAACCAUUGCACAGUUGGACAAUCUCCAGGAGCUGUCACUGCACCAGUGUUCUGUUAAGAUCCACAGCGCUGCCUUGGCCUUUCUGAAGGAGAAUCUCAAGAUCCUGAGUGUGAAAUUUGAUGACAUCAGAGAACUUCCGCACUGGAUGUAUGGCCUCAGAAAUCUAGAAGAACUCUACCUAAUUGGCUCCUUAAGUCAUGAUAUUUCCAAAAACAUUACAUUGGAAUCUUUUCGGGAACUUAAAAGCCUUAAAGUUCUUUACAUAAAAAGUAAUUUGUCAAAAAUCCCACAAUCUGCAGUCGAUGUUUCAAGUCACCUGCAAAAAUUGUGCAUCCAUAACGACGGCACUAAGCUAGUGAUGCUCAACAACCUGAAGAAGAUGGUCAACUUGACACAGCUGGAACUGGUUCACUGUGAUUUAGAGCGCAUACCUCAUGCAGUCUUUAGCCUUCUCAGUCUUCAGGAGUUGGAUUUAAAGGAAAAUAACCUCAAAUCCAUUGAAGAAAUAGUAAGUUUUCAACAUCUGAGAAAACUGACAAUCCUAAAGCUGUGGUACAACAGUAUAACAUACAUCCCAGAGCAUAUAAAGAAACUCACUAGCCUCGAACGGCUUUCCUUCAGCCAUAACAAAAUAGAGGUUCUUCCAUCCCACCUGUUCCUAUGCAACAAAAUCAGAUAUUUGGAUUUGUCUUACAAUGACAUUCGCUUUAUUCCCCCUGAAAUAGGAGUUCUGCAGAGUUUACAGUACUUUUCCAUUACUUGCAACAAAGUGGAGAGUGUGCCAGAUGAACUAUACUUUUGCAAAAAACUUAAGACUCUGAAAAUUGGGAAAAAUAAUUUGUCUGUCCUUUCACCUAAAAUUGGUAAUUUGGUAUUCCUCUCCCACUUGGAUAUUAAAGGCAAUCACUUUGAAAUUCUCCCACCAGAACUUGGUGAAUGUAGGUCUCUGAAGCGGACUGGUUUCACUGUCGAGGACACUUUGUUUGAAACAUUGCCUUCUGAUGUCAGGGAACAAAUGAAAGCUGAAUAAAUAGCUUCCUCUUGCUCAGUUUUACAGAAAUAACGCUUCUACCAAAUACCCUGUAGGAAGUGCAUACUCUGAAUAUGCAUUUAGUUUGUUAUCUUUUUUUUGCUUUUUCAAAAAGUCUUUUCUGUACAAACAAAUUUGGAGUAAGGAGUACAUAUAUUUUUAAAAUAAAAUUUUCUUGUAUUUUUUCACUGUUUUAAGAUAUUUUUAAGUUUAUUUUGCCCUGACAACAAGGGUGUUUGUAACUUAAUUUUUACUAGCAAAAGUAAAUGGUUUUAUCUGCUGUUUUGUUUUUUUUUUCCCUUUGGUAAAUCCCAAUAGGGAAAUUGUAUUUAAACUGUAUGUUUUGAAUUGCAUAAUUUGUAACAGGUAAUUAUAUUGUCUUCCUGGUUACUGUUAAUCUCUUAGGAUGUGGUCUUCAACAGGUAAUACUACAGGUGCUGAAUGCCUCAUUCCCUAUUUUUUUUUGUGGGAGCUGAAGGUGUUCAACAUCUAACAAGGUCCGGGUUGACCUUCCUUUAAUUUAUGGCACUGUUUUCUCAGAUGGUCAAAGCAAGCAGACAUAGUUCUUUCCAUACAAGGGCUGGACGUAUUUUCAUAGGUCGGAAGGAAUAUGCAGAACUCCUCCAGGGCUUUUUGGAAAGUGUAGUCUAGGUCUCUGUUUGCAUGCUGUCCGAGCAGGAGGCACUGACUGCAAUUUCCGCUCCAGAGCCGGAGGAGUAAGGGCACAGGUCAGAGAGGAGUCCCUACCGAAAUGACUCAUGCUGAAGAUUUUCUGAACAAUGCAAAGGGAUUCAGCUGCCCAUUUCCUGCUGACGUGAAUGGAAGGGGUGCAAUGAACUCGCAAUGUUGAAAAAGUCAACCCAGGGAGAUAAAACACUAUUUUCAAAAAUGCUCUACCCAUCCUCCACUUAAUGUGCGGUCCUGCAAGGGAGAAAGCGUUCUCUGUAUCUCUCAGUCACUUCCCACAGGGAUGCUUGGCACCAUGCAGGACCGGGAUUCAGAAAAAGUGCAAUCGUCUUUAGUUUGUGAACCUUCUGGCAAGGAAAUAACAUUAUUUUGAGCAGUGAACAUGCUUCUUAUUUGAGCUUUGGUAUUGCAUCGCCAAAUGCCCAAUGCAGGAACAUUUGCAGAUUUGCAAAAACAGGGUUCAUUGAAUACAUUAACUUUUUCAAAGUCUCAGCCUCCAGAGGACAGUGAUGAAGGCUCUGUUUUCCUCUCCCAGAUAGUAAUUAAAUCAGAGAUCAUACCCUUGGAGGUCUGUCUGCUUUUUAAAAUAAUUUAAUGGACAAUAAUAUCUUCAAUGAUUAUGUUUCAAGUUGGGAACUUUGUCCUCUGAAACUGUUCUGUUGUUAAUUUAUCCAGCCGCUUGCUUUCUUCUAGGCAAGUUUGGCAGACAUAGUCCAUGAUAACUCACAUGCUGCUCGCAAGCUAAUUUAAGCUAAUGAAAAAAUAACCAUAUGAUACUUGGCUGGGAGGAGAUCUUUUCAUCCUAUCCAGCAAUGCACAUUUGAGUCAGAUGCAGGCACUGGAUAAAUGCUUUGCAAGAAUAUCUAGGAGUAAGUACUUCUUUCUCUAGGAGACAAUGCUGUUUAUAAGUUGCAGAUUGUUCAGAGUUCUAUAAAAUAACUGUUUGACUAUUGCUGGGUUGGUUGCUCUUAAAUGUUUUCUAGCUGCAAUCAAGUGUUUUGAACUACCAUUGUUCUGAGUUCUUGAGCUUAUUGUUGUUUUGAAUCAGACUUACACAGGUGGGGAGACAAAAUGAGUAUUUCCCCAUUCAUUCAGGGUGUGAUGCACAAUCUGAUAAGUAGGUUUGCCCCCAGACCCACUGAGUAAUUUGUUGUACUUGAGUGUGUUCUGGAGAAGAUCUGUGUGAUUAAUCAAAGCUGGGUCAGGCAUGAAAGAAUCAAAAUGAUUUUUUUCCAAGUGGUUUGAUUUAGUUCUAUGAAAGAGCUAUAACUGAUGUAGCUAUUGCAAGAGCUACUCUUAGUCAUAUAUGGAACGCACUUAUUGGAACAGCUUGGCAGUAUAUAUAUAUUCUAAAUGUAUUUCACUUUGAUGUAAUGUGAGGGAGAGAAAUGUUUUGUUGCUCAUAUUAACCUAAUUAUGUAAACCAAAGUGCUGUUGUCUCUGAUGAAUGUAAACUGUUUAAAAUGUCCAAGUAAUCGGUGGAGCUGCAUAGUUAUCUGACUUAGAUUUGGAAUACGGGAUUGCAUUUGAAGUUUUGUUCAUUUUUUUUUAUCUUUAUAUUCCUAAAUGUUGCAUUUUAAGCCUAUAAUUUAUUUUGUGUCUGAUGUGUUGUUCCAUGUGCAGCGGUCUGUCUUCUGAACGGAAAUUAUGCACACCUCAUAACUGAAGGCUGGAGAUUUGUUCUGUUCUCAGUUUUUAAAUACAUCAUAGAGGAUGUGGGGGUUUUCUUUGCCACUGAUUAUAUUUAUGCCAGUGCAGUCCCUCAUGUGGACACAGUUACAUGAGUAUAAAGUGCCUUGUGCUGGUAUUUCCUUAUUUACCUUCUGCAUAGGAAUAAAGCUUACCAGCCUUAGCACUUUCAAGCUAAUAACUGUAUCUUCCCCAAAGGUUUGGUCUGCUCGAACAGCUUAUUCAAUGGAACAGCUCGCUGCCUCUGAGGAGGGAUUUCCUUGGUGUCCUUUCUCCUCCCCUGCUCCCAUUCCACAGCAUCUGACUGCUUUGCUCGUACCUUUACGGCUCUGGUGCUUGUCUGUUUCCUCCACAGGACAAAUCAACCUACUGAGCCAGCAAAAAACAAAGCCAGUAAGAAAAGAAAAAAAAAAA